AUGCUGGCUCUCGUUCAUCCGGUCCAUUCCACAGAACCUAGAACUAUCGAUAGAACUGGCGUAGACAGAAACAUUUCAAGUCUACCUCGCACUUCCUCUGCUCGCUCAAGUUCUAGCAGAGUUCCACAUUGGAAACCGCAGGCACCGACAACCACUUCUGUAUUUCACUCAUCUUCAUCUUACUGUCCCCCAGCACCACGGAGAUCAGUUUCUGCAUCCUCAGCUGUGGCCAGGGAUUCUUCUCCAAUUCGGCAUAACCCCCCCGUCCAGUCAUCCCAGACAACAUCCGAAUCGUCCGCCAAAGUCCUUCCCCCUGAUAACCCUCCAAGACCUGCUUCUCCAAUUCCUCCACCUCAAAUAAACUUACCAGCCUCUGCUUCAUCUUUCGACAUUCACAACUACCCCUCAGCAGACUUGCUUCGUCUCCUUGCUUCACUCCUUACACAGAUUGCAUCCACCAACGACGCAAUCUCUGGUUCAGACCCAGCAUCCCAUACUUUGGAAAGUCUAUCGCAUAGCAAUGUAUCGGAAGAUGCGUCUCAUCCCCCUAUAUGGCGUUCCCUCACCUCUGCCUCCCGCUCCUCCCUAUCAAAUCCUGCCUCCGCCCUCACUUUCCAUGCUCGCAACAUUCCGACUAUCGCACUCGAAUCAUACCUCUUACGAAUACUCAAAUAUUGUCCAACUACAAACGAGGUGUUCUUAGCCCUCCUCGUGUAUUUUGACCGCAUGUCCCGGCUUGCCUCAGAGGCCACAGGCCGCACGUUUGUCAUCGACUCGUAUAACGUUCAUAGACUUGUCAUUGCUGGAGUCACAGUCGCCAGUAAAUUCUUCAGCGAUGUAUUUUACACUAAUUCCCGGUAUGCGAAGGUCGGAGGUCUCCCUCAAGCAGAGCUCAACCAGCUCGAACUCCAGUUUUUGCUUCUCAAUGACUUCAGGCUCGUCAUAUCGCCCGAGGAGAUGCAAAGAUAU